CCAGCGUACGGUGUUGGCCCGCAGACGGCUGAGAUCAGAACACACAUUCUGAUAAUCUUUCCACUCCUACAUUUCAUCUCGAGAAGACUGGUGCAUUCUUACUAAGGACAAUGCUUACAAGGAAUCUUAGGUUCUUGGCAACAUUACUAUUCGUUUGCACUGCAUUGCCGCUGAACACCGCCGACUCGUCAUGCACAACUGAGAGCCUGCCGAGCUUUAUGAAUUUGGACACGUGCUUUGUCAUUCCAGAGGAUCUCUGCACAAACCCCGACAUGCUCAUGCCAUUCACAGAAAGCCUCAUUAGCUGCGGACUUGCAGCUAUUGCGGACUUGGAGCUGCCAUCAAAGCUGUACCUGGUGGAAGGGAUUGUGGUGAACCUUUUGAAGAACUUUGGUUUAGGAAAAAUCACCAGUGCUGCAUUUGGUGUCUGCAAGGCAAUGGGAGGUAUAUUAGAUACCCUGGACAACCUGAGCCUUGGAAUACUUGGCAACGUCAUAGAGCCUGUGAAGAAGCUAAUGAGUCUGCUGCCACUCCCAGACUGCUCGGCCAACAGCAUAAAAGGAACUGUUAAGUGUGGUAGUCGAAUAUCAGUCAAGCUGCCCAGCUCCCUGAACGCCAAAGAGUGCUUCAAACACGUCCGCACUACCUGCAGCUUGACUAAGGCUAACAAGGGCCCUGCUCUAGUGGACCUCUUUCGAGACCAUCGGCUGCCUGAGUGGAAAGGCGUUCGAUGCAACAACACCAGAGGGUCUCACUGGUCUUGCAUGCAGCGUACUGACCGGCUGGGCCAAGAGCGCCAGGGUCAUAGAUCUGAACAGCUUGCUGCCUUUCCCGCUACCAUUACCAGGACUUGGAGGAGGCAGUUCUAGUUCUUCUUCUGGAGACAAGGACGAAUCGAAGGGACUCGUAUCGGAUGUGUUGGGCGCAGUUACCGAUCCCUUGUCAAUACUGAAGGCUCACGACUCAGAUUCCGGAAGCAGUGGACUCAUUUCAACUGUGUUGGACGCUGUUUCAGACCCUUUGUCGAUAUUGAAGCCCCAUGACUCAGAUUCCGGAAGCGGUGGAUUAAUUUCCAAUGUAUUAGACGCAGUUACAGACCCCUUGUCGAUACUCAAGCCUACUGACUCAGAUUCCGGAGGUAGUGGACUCAUUUCGAACGUAUUGGAAGCAGUUACAGACCCUUUGUCGAUACUGAAGCCUCAUGACUCUGAUUCUGCAAACAAUGGACUCAUUUCGAAUGCAUUGGGGGCAGUUACCGAUCCGUUGUCAAUACUGAAGCCACAAGACGAUGUUUCUUCAGAUGACAAGUCACAUGGACUAUUAUCAAGCAUCUUUGAUGCUGUCACACCAAAUAAUGACGAUGACGGCAAGUCAAAAGGGCUUCUCUCCGGCUUAAUCGAUGCUGGUAUUCAUCCCAUAUCUGACUCAGAUUCUACAUCGAGCGAUGAUUCGCACACAUCUGCUUCAGACGACAAGGAGAAACCCAAGGGUCUUAUUUCCGGCAUGUUGGAUGCUAUCACCAGUCCUCUACAAAGCCACGACUCAGACAAGAAAGGUGAUUCUGACACAGAUGACUCAGCUACCGAGGAUAAACAACCACAUGGACUUCUUUCCAAUGUUUUCGGACUUGUAGGUCGUUAGUCAUUAUUUGGAAUUUUACCACGUCCUAAGUCUCAUGUACCCGAACGCGCGAAUGAUCUAACUACUUCAAAAUAUAGCACCAUAAUUGAACCAA